GACGGUGUAACGCGGCUAUGCGCACGCGCGUACGGCCGAUUGUCCGUUAGGCAUUUUAAGCCCGCGGGAGGCGGGAAACCAAUUUUUUAUAACGGACGGAUGGACAAUAAACAAGUAAACAGACAAACAAACCAGCCUCUCAUGGAACGUAAACACAACAGAUUCGAAAAAAUUCACCAAUAGCGUGCGCCGGCGCGGCGUCAUCGAUGUUGUUUACCUUCGGAUCUGACCGUUUACAUGAUAAUCUGAUCAGUUGAAAAUUUAAGAUUCCCUCGUUUUCGCUUUUGCCGCGUUUUGAAAGUUCGAUUCAUUCAAGUGAUCCUGAGACCAACCCCGCAAUUACCAUGAUGGUAACUAGAAGAACAAGACGGGAUGGAGUUGCUUCACCUAGUGAUGCUGACCCACCCAUAUCCUCAAAGUCUAAAAGGUCAGCUACUCCGUCAAAAGCUAAAAGGUCAGCUACACCAUCAAAAGCUAAAAAAGCAGCUACACCAUCAAAAGCUAAGAGGGCAGCUACUCCUCGCCGCAGCAAAAGUAAAUCUGUAGAGAGAAAAAUAAGAACUCGAUCCAGAUCAGUUAAUAAGAGUUUAAAAGUUCCAAAAAUUGUCCUAGAACGUUAUGAAACUAAAACAGAUCUUCCAGUUAAAAAGAAAGAAAUUAAAAGUAGAAAAUCUGAAGAACCUAUCGAUUUAAAUUCAAGAAAGAGCCCAACACCCGCAAAUGAAGUUAUUAACUCAAGGAUUAGUCCCGCUAUGGAUAAAAUAAGCGAUAAUAUGUCUACUACAUCAUCAAGAAUAGAUUACAAUGAUGAAUCUGAUGAUGAACCUCGAUUAGUUGAUAAAACAAAAUACAAGACUUAUCCAGUAGAGUUUGGAGGAUUACUUGGCAACAUCAUAUUAACCAUAUUACUACCAUUAUUGGUUAUCCUGUCCAAAAUUGCUAUAAAAGCUAAGGGAAAUUUGAUACCUUUUCCUCGAGGUUAUUUAAGAUUAGCUAACUAUUAUGAUCAAGAUGUUUUUGUAUGGACAGCUGCAAUUGUAUUAGUUCAAUUGUUAAUAUCACUUGUACCUUUGGCAAAAAAAUCUAAAGCAUUACUGAAUGAUGAUUUAAAGUAUAACCACUAUAGGUUUUCAGGAUUUAUCAAUUUAAUUAUAGCUGCUUUGAUUGUUUUGGCAAUGGAUUAUUAUAAGUGCCCAAUAAAUUUUAUUCUAGAAAUAGUUACUAAAAAGACCGUACCUCAUGUCGUAGCAUCAGUAUUAUGUACAUUUAUUAUUUCUAUAAUUUUGUAUAUUAAAUCAAAAUACACUAAUCAAAUAGACAAAUUUGAUUCUCUUAAUUUUGUACAAAAAUUAUUUAUUGGAACAACAAAUAAUCCUACAUUGGGACCUAUUAAUAUUAAAUUGGCUUUUUAUAGAUAUUCUAUAUUAAUGACUAUUUUAUUCAAUGCUCUUGUGAUCAACGAAUCUCUUAAAAAUCCAGUUAACAUUAAUCUUUUAUUUGUUGCUGGAUUACAAAUAUUGUAUGCUUUAGAUAAAUUGAUAUUUGAAUUUAAUUUAUUAUCAUCAUUUUAUUUACAAAGAGAAAAAGAUGGAUAUUGGACUAUUAUUCAAACAUUUUUACAACCAAUUAUCAAUUUUUUACCCAUUCAAAUUUUACUUUCAAACAAUUUACCUGUUAAUUACAUCAUUUUGAGUAUUUCAUCAAUUAUCUUUUUAUUCGGCUACAUCUGUCAACGUUAUAGUGAUUUUACUAAGUAUAAGUAUGAAGUAAAUUCAACAUUUGUUUAUAGGCCUUCAAGUGUGAGAAUUAUUGUAGAUGGUUUAUGGUCAUAUGUGAGAUUUCCUAAUUACAUAGGGACUAUAAUUGUACAUUUAGCCUUAAUUUUGCCGAUAUUUGAACCUAAUCUUAGCAGUUUACAGGCAUCUUGGCCAGUACUUUUAUAUCCAUUGUAUUACAUAAUUACUUUGUCUCACAAAUGUGUGCGUAUUUCUACCUAUGCCCGUUUACAAUAUGGUAAUACAUGGGAUCGUCAAUACACGGUGAAGUGGAAUUUAAUACCAAAAAUAUUUUGAAUUUAUUAAUUUUACCAUUAAUAAGUCAUUUAUGCCUUAACUUAUAUUGAAUUUUAAGUUAAUUUGUUUUUAUUAGUUGACUUGAUUGAUUGAUUAUGUCUCUGUAAGUGAAGGAAUUUUCGAAUUUUAAUUUUUUUACUCUUAUUAAUGUUAAGACAAAUUAUCAGACUAAUAUGGAUAUAUAUAAUAUUUAUUAAGUAUAUUAUAAUUAUUCCAUAUGUUAUAAAUAUUAGGUAUGUAUUUAAAAAAAAAAGUAAGUUGAAUAAUGCUAUAUUGUACUAAAAUUACUUUAUUCAGUAAAUGUUGUAUACAAUUAUAUAUCAAUUAUAAUUUUUAAUUGACUAUUUUAGGUGUAUAAGUUAAAAAUUUAUUAUUUGUUUGAAAUAUUACUGAAUAAUGUGUAUAAUAUGUUAAUUUUGUACAAGCAUUAUACACCUUAUGUUUUAAAUAGUUAAUUUUAUUUUAUUUUGAGGACUUGAGAACCUUUAUGUGAGGGUUCAUACUAUUUUAGAAAGUUUUAAAAUCAAAAUCAUUAACUUUUUAUUAAAUUUUAUGAAUCUUUUAAUAGAUGAUAAGUAGUAGUUUGUAGUCAUCAACAGUAUAUUAUAAAUACUGGUAUUAUGUCUUAGGUAUAUUGUACUAGUAAUAAAGUAAUGUAAUACUACUUAAUAUGUUUUAAAAUUUUUAAAUAACUAAUUAAUUUUAAUAAUUUUUAUGUUAACAUAGAAUUGAUUUUUUUUUUUUUUUUUUAACACAAUUAGAAAAAUGUAAUUAGUGUUGCAUUGCAUCAUUGUAUAUUUAUAUAUUUUUAUAUUAUAAAGAUGGAAUUUUUCCUUAAUUAUAAAUAUUUUGUAAAUAUAAAUUCAGACAAAUAGAUAACUACUGUAUCAAUACCACAAUUGUAUAUUAAUUUAAAUGUAUUUAAGUUGAUUUAUUUUAUGUUCUUUAAUCAAAAUAGAACAUGGAAAAUACAUUUUAUGAUCUAUGAAUUCAUUAAAAUUUAUAAGUUAAUAACAUUGAAUAGUGCAUACUUUCUAAUUGAUUUUUUUUUCAUUCUUGAAACUUAAAAAAUGUAUACCAAUCUUCUUGUUGAGAACUAUAGUUUUCUAAACAAUAGUUAUUCGUAUUUUGUUUGAGAUUUAAUAUAGAAUUAUGCCCCUUUUUACUUAACAAUUAUUUAUUGAAUUAAAUAAUACAUUUUUGUUACUUUUUGAAUUAGGUUUAAUAAAAAAAAACAUAUUCAUUGUAAAUAUAUUUAUUUUCAUGAUAAAUAAAGAUCUAUAAGAAUUAUAAAGUUAACUUAAAAAAAUAAGACCUCAAAUGCUUUUUAUCAAACCAGUCUCAAGUAUUACAGCUAGUAAAUUACAAAUAAAAUAUAAGAAUAACAUUUCCGUAAUCAGUAUAAAUUAAGUGAGUUUUAAUGACUUGUAAUAUGUACUUCAAAAAAAUGAAUGGAAAAACAUUUGUAAAUGUUAAUAAAUUGCAUAUACCUUUA